UAUGGAGGUCUUACCAUUACUCAUCGGUUACACCAAAAAUUAAGACAAUAAUUCCAACGCCUGUCCCUACGUAAAAUCCAAUUUCUUCAAAUCCCAAAUAUACCCUUCCAAUCUUCAUAUCCUUCCCGGUAAGAACACCACCACCAAAACUGCUCACGUCGGAACUGCAAGAAUCUCUUUACCGCCGCUGGAUCACCACGUGGUCUCCACAUGUCUUCUCCUCUUCUCUCCCAACACCUCCCUUCACACUCACUCUCUCUUCUGAUUUCCUCUGGUCUGCUUCUUGAACUUUUUGAGAAGAGAAACAAGCAAACACGGCCUUGUUCUCUGAUUGGUUGCUCUGUAUUGCAGCCAUGAUGUCACUUUCCGGCGGCUUUUCUUUUGGUUCGGUUUUCGUAGCGAGUUUUGUUUUGUUUUCCUUUUUUUCCGGUAAUGCGUUGAGGGCGACGGAAUUCGACUUCGGUUCGUUGACGCUCUCCAGCCUGAAGCUCCUCGGGGACGCCCACUUGAGCAACGGGAGUGUGAGGCUUACGCGAGAUCUCGGUGUUCCGAACUCUGGUUCUGGAAAGGUUUUGUACUCAAAGCCCGUCAAAUUCCGGCGGGCUGGGGUUCAGUCACCGGCUAGUUUCUCGACGUCAUUCUCCUUCUCCGUUACGAAUUUGAACCCCUCCUCCAUUGGUGGGGGCUUGGCUUUUGUCAUCUCGCCGGAUGACGAGUUCGUCGGUGACGCCGGCGGGUUUUUGGGGAUCAUGGACGCGAAGGGAGCUCCAAAGGGUGUCGUCGCCGUGGAGUUUGACACUCUAAUGGACGUUGAAUUCAAGGACAUAAACGGAAAUCACGUGGGCUUGGAUCUGAACUCAAUGGUUUCUGCCGAGGUUGGUGAUUUGGAAACUGUAAGUGUUGAUUUGAAAAGCGGCAACCUGGUCAAUUCAUGGGUUGAUUAUUCCGGGCCAGGUCGGGCUAUCAAAGUUUACGUAUCGUAUUCGAAUUUGAAGCCCGAAGAGCCCAUUAUAUCAGCCACUUUCGAUCUUGAUGACUACAUAAUGAACGAUGUCAUGUUUGUUGGGUUCUCAGGGUCUACUCAAGGGAGCACAGAAAUUCACACCAUACACUGGUGGAAUUUUAGCUCGUCUUUUGAUGAAAAUCCGAGUCAUAAUCCGGUGUCUCCGUCGGGAUCACCGCCGGCGGGGGGUAUUCUGAUGAACCCAACGGCGGACACAGCCUACCUGGCACCACCCUCUCUCGCCCCUGAGGCUGACAACAGAAGUUCCACGUCGCACGGAAAGGAAAGUAGUGGGAAUUGUCACAACCAGUUAUGCAGAAAAGGUGCCGGCACCGUCGUCGGAGUGGUAAUCGCCAGUGCGUUUUUCGUUGCACUUUGUGCUCUGGCAUUUAUAUGGGCGUACCAUAAGAAAUCCAAGAAUGACAAAAACUCGGAGACUUUGGCUUAUGAUGUGAUCAAAAUGCCGAAAGAAUUCAGCUAUAAGGAGCUAAAAUUUGCUACCAAAGGAUUCGAUUCCAAUCGGAUCAUUGGGAACGGAGCGUUUGGGACGGUUUAUAAGGGCAACUUGCCAGCCACCGGCGACACUGUGGCCGUGAAGAGGUGUAGUCAUAGCGGACAGGGGAAGGCAGAGUUCUUGUCCGAAUUGUCGAUAAUUGGAUCCCUUAGACAUAGAAACCUAGUUAGGCUUCAAGGUUGGUGCCAUGAGAAAGGUGAAAUUCUCUUAGUUUAUGAUUUGAUGUCAAAUGGGAGUCUAGACAAGGCAUUGUUCGAGUCGAGGACGGUAUUGCCAUGGCCUCAUAGGCGAAAGAUUUUGCUAGGUGUGGCAUCGGCUUUAGCGUAUUUGCAUCAAGAAUGUGAAAAUCAAGUGAUUCACAGAGACAUCAAGACCAGCAACAUUAUGUUAGAUGAAGGGUUCAAUGCAAGAUUAGGAGAUUUCGGGCUAGCAAGGCAAAUAGAGCACGACAAAUCCCCCGAUGCCACGGUGGCCGCAGGCACAAUGGGCUACUUAGCUCCCGAGUACUUGUUAACCGGUCGGGCCACUGAUAAAACCGACGUGUUCAGCUAUGGGGCGGUUGUGCUGGAGGUGGCGAGCGGGCGAAGGCCGAUUGAGAAGGAGUUCUCGGGCGUCGGGGUGAGUACUAAUUUAGUGGAAUGGGUGUGGAGUUUGCAUAGGGAAGAGAGGUUGAUGAUGGCGGCUGAUCCAAGACUUAGGAAUGAGUUCGAUGAGGGGGAGAUGAGGAAGGUCCUAUUGGUUGGGCUGGCUUGCUCGAACCCUGACCCCAUGGCUAGACCCACGAUGCGGGGUGUGGUCCAAAUGCUGGUGGGGGAGUCCGAAAUCCCUAUUGUCCCGAGAGCCAAGCCAACUAUGAAUUUCAGCACAUCUCAGCUCCUAAUGACCCUGCAAGACAGCGUCUCCGACUUGAAUGGCAUGAUCACAAUCUCCACCACCUCGUCGGAAUCCAGUCUCUAUGCCGCCGCAGGCGGCGGUCCAGACUUCGUAUAAACAAAACUCCAAUUUUGCUAUGAGAUUCUCGCACCCGGAUUAUAUGUUUUUAUUUAUUACGACAUAUAUAUUCAUUGAUUUAUAAUUCUAUGCAUGUAACACGAAUAACUUACAUGCCUAUGUACUAAAUAAACAUCUUCUUGCGACAA